AUGUCUAUCCUCAAUUCACCCCAGAAAGUAAAAAAGCUCGUUCUGACCGGAGCUGUAACCGCAGUCACUAUCACCGGGACACUCUAUGGUGCAGGCUUGAAGACGCAACAGGAGGUUUCUCAGCAAACGCAAAAAGCCCGCGAAAUUACACUUGAUGAGCGAAUUGCCUCUCUUCAAAGCACGCGCCAGGUUCUCGUCGGCAAAAAAGAGCUCGUUGAAAAGCAGAUGCGUGACUUAGACGCUAGGAUAGAAGAAAGGAAACAAAAGGGUAUUGAUAAUAAGAGGGUGUGA